ACGUCACGUUUCCCUCUGACGUCAGAGGCGUCUGCCAUGCUCCGCCGGGGGAGCCCGCUGGCCGGUCUGCGCCCUUUGCUGGCGGCGCGACGGCGGCUCUUCGCUAACCCUGAGGAGCCCCGGGUGCGCUUCAGCAUCAUCCGCGGCGGGGAUUUCUUCCGAGAAUUUAAGAAGCUGACCAAUUUCCCAAACUUCAAGACUGACUUUGAUUCCUUAUUUCCAAAAAGAGAUCUCCCUCCUGAGCAUUCCGAUGUGGUGAUCAUUGGCGGUGGGAUAAUAGGCUGGUCCAUUGCCUACUGGCUGAAAGCCAAAGAAACACGCAGAAAUGCCAUUCAAGUGUUGGUAAUUGAGAGAGACAAUACUUAUUCCAAAGCAUCCACAGUUCUUUCUGCUGGAGGGAUACGGCAACAGUUUUCAGUGGAAGAAAAUAUCUGGAUGAGUUCUUUCUCAGCAAACUUCUUGCGUUUAAUCAACGAUCAUCUUGGUGUUGUUGGGGAACCACCCAUUGAUAUUCAGUUUAAUCAUUCGGGUUAUCUCUUUCUCGCUUCAGAGAAUGAAGCUGCUGUUUUGGAGGAGAAUGUAAACCUUCAAAGAAAGGAAGGAGUAGCUGUCUCUCUGCUUUCACCAGCACAACUGAAAAAGAAAUUUCCAUGGUUGAACACUGAUGACGUAGCUCUGGCUUCUUAUGGCUUGGAAAAUGAGGGCUGGUUUGAUCCCUGGACUCUUCUCAAUGCAUUCAAGAGAAAAGCCAUCUCUCUGGGCACGCUCCAGUAUAACGGAGAAGUGACAUCUUUCAACUCGGGUUUUUAUGAAAUGAAGACUAAAGAUCAGCAUUGGAAAGCCUCGUGUAUUAAAGCUGUUAAUGUCCAGUUGCCCGAAAGUUUUGAACGUGCCAGGGUAGACUGCUGUAUAGUGGUAAAUGCGGCAGGAGCCUGGUCAGGCAAAGUGGCUGAGAUGGCUGGCAUUGGGGCUCCAUCCGAAAACAUCCUAUCAGGGGUCAAGUUUCCAGUAGAACCCAAGAAAAGGUAUGUCUACGUUUGGCACUGCCCUGAGGGACCCAGCUUGGAGUGCCCAUUCCUCAUUGACACCACUGGAGCGUAUUUCCGAAGAGAAGGUUUGGGUGGCAACUAUCUGGGAGGCUUAAGCCCAACAGAAGAAGAAGAGCCAGAUAUUGAAAAUUUGGAAGUAGACCACGAGUUCUUCCAGGAAAAAGUCUGGCCUAAGCUUGCCCACCGAGUGCCGUGCUUUGAAUCCUUGAAGGUGAAAAGCUCCUGGGCCGGUUACUAUGACUACAGUACGUUUGAUCAGAAUCCUGUGAUUGGCAGGCACCCACUAGUGUCAAACCUCUACUUUGCUUCAGGCUUCAGUGGACAUGGGUUACAGCAUGCCCCAGCAGUGGGACAAGCCAUAGCCGAGCUCAUUCUUGACCUUAAAUAUAAGACCAUCAACCUGGAGAGAUUCUCCUUCGAUAGGCUUAUCAAAGAUGAGAAGCUCCCGGAAAGAAAUAUAGUCUAAUGCCACCCAAGUUGGGAUUCAUUUGAAGAGUUGAGUUUCCAUCGUUUUAUUCUCUCCCCACUUUUUAUCGUCAGGCCUAGUCAUUACCUCCAGCACCAGGAAGUUGCUCUGACUGUGAUACGGCACAGCUGCAGCUCAUUUGAAUGGGUCUGUUCUGCGCAGAAUAACUCAGAGUAACCGAAGAGUGAUCAACUGCUGAUGCUGCUGUGAUCAAAGCUCGCGGAACCUGAAAUUGAAGAGGAGACUCGUGGAGGAGAGGGUUUUCCCCCUCGCCAGCUCUGCUUCUGCUCUCCGUUGUCACUCCUCCGGUGCUUUAGAGCUUAAGCUUCUCUUUCAGCAGAGGACUUUAGAGAAAGAGGAAGGAAAUGACAAAAAGAUCUGCUGUCCCUUUUGUACCUCUUCCUCCACUGUUUGGCCUACUAGGACUCUGGUGUCUGCUUAGAUCAGUGUUAGAAGAAAGAGGAAGUUAUUCCAGGAAUGUGGCUAAAAGGAGACAAAAAGGAAACGACUCAACCAGGCCGCUUUUUAAACACCUCUCCCUUCUCCCUCCUUCGAGUCAGAAUUUAGAUCAAGAAUAGGAUGUCUUGGACUGAAAUAGAAGUUUAAUGAGGAUAAAGCUUUACCUGCAGCCAUUCAUCAGCUAGAUUCCUUUAGACCAGGGGUCUCCAACCUUAGCAACUUUAAGGCUUGGGGACUUCAAUUCCCACUUGAAGUCCACAAGUCUUAAAGUUGCUAAGGUUGGAGCGCCCUGCUCCGGACAGUCUUUCUCAAAAUGGAAAUGUUAAGAUGGGUGAACUCCAAUUCCCAGAAUUCCCCAGCCAGAAAUCUAAGAAAGAAACUCCCCGUUCCCUAGUUUAUCUCCAGUACCUGAUACGCAGAGGUAUGCCAAAUCUAUAGGAAAUCUUUUAAUUUGUUUUUUUCCAGCUGAAGGUUACUCCUAAGAUAUCUACUUCAAUCACCUUGCAAAGUACCUAAUUUGAUUUUUUUAUUGAGUUUUGGAGGAGGACCACAUCUGGGACAUAAAUACAGUGUGAGGUGCAGAGAAGGUGCCAUCAGCAUUCUCUUCCAAUUUAUGUGGAUCAUGUACUGCAAAGCAUGUUGAUUUUAGACAUAGACUCAGGAACUGUAACUCUACAGAAUAGUGAUGUACUGAGUUUAGUGCAUCACAGUGCAAAUAAUUUUUAACACCUUUGACAGUGUAAGCCAAUAAAACAAAUUAUUUCCAAGUACAUACCUUGCAGAACAUACAAUUACUUUUGUAACAUUUACCGUAUAAAUAAUAUUUUGUCAUACUUUUAUGAUACAGUGGAUAUUGCAACCAAAGUGAAUUGGGCGUCAGUAAUUUUUGUAUAGCUUUUCAAGCUGUUUUGUUGUUUUGCUACGUACUGAACUGAUAAAUACUUCCAUGGGCGCUGAAGAAAGACUGCUAGUUUUUUGCCUGAUGAAGAUUCAUCCCAAAUAAUUAAUCCUUUCCCUCUCCUGCCUGCUGAGAUAAGCUUACCAAUCUCACAGUGCUAUUUUCUCUUUUCAGAAAGGUGCCAAAGGAUCAGGGAUUAAGAAAUUAAUUUGCCUUCCUGCAGUAAGUUUCUUACUUCUUCCUGUUCAUUCUGCAUAUACAUUGAGGCACAGCAGAAUUCUUAGAACAGAGAAUUUGAAUUAUUCCUUUCUAUCUUACAGGUUUGUCAUUGAAUAUAUCCUCAACCUAGAUACUCUAAGUUUCCUUUGCAGUACUUGGCAUCAUAAUUUUUGAGAUUCUCUUCCAUCCCUCAUUU